AUGGCUACUGCACAAAUGCAAAAGACGCCAAGCAAAACAUGGGAAGCCAUAUUUCCAAAUGAGCAAGUAACAGAACAGAAAUCAGCGCUGUUUGUAAAAAAAUUACUAGCCGUAGCAAUAUCAAAUAUUACCUACCUGAGAGCUAUUUUCCCUGAGCAUGCAUUUGGUGACAAAUGUCUUGAAGAUUUGAAUUUAAAAAUAUUGCGAGAUGAAAGCUCCUGCCCUGGUGCCUGCCAAGUCAUUAAAUGGGUUAAAGGAUGCUUUGAUGCUCUAGACAAAAAAUAUUUGCGGACUCUUGUGAUUGGGAUAUAUGUUGAUCCAGAUAAUCCGGCGACUGUUAUUGAAUCUUACACAUUCAAGUUCACAUACAACAACCAUGGAGAAGUGGACAUAUACAGGAACAACAAGAGAAUAUCUAGUGCCCAUUCUGCAGAAGAAACAAAGAAAGCAACAAUACGGCUGCUCCGAACGCUGAUCAUUCUUACCAACACUCUGUCAUCUCUCCCAGACAGCGUCAUGAUGACUAUGAAAUUAUUUUACUACGAUGAAAUAACUCCAGCUGACUAUGAGCCUCCUGGGUUCAAAGCUUCCACUGACGAUGCCUUUGUCUUUGCUGAAGAAGCAACCAACAUUGCUAUUGGUGAAGUGGCCACGUCUAUAACCAAUAUUUGGAUCCUCUAUAUUUCAGCAUUUCAUAUGAGAGUGAAAACAGGCAGCAAGCAGUUUGAAAUGCAUGAAGAUCCAGUCGAACAUAUGGAAGGAUGUGCAGAAGAGACCUUAUCAAUAAACAAUGCAGGGCUCGAUUAUGAGGUAAAUGGGACAAGUGCACUUGAAAAGGAGGUGACAUGCAAUAAAGAGGCUACAGUAUCAGCUGCAACUAGUACCUGUGAAGGAAAACAGACACCCAGCAAUUUAAGUGCACCCAAACCUGGGUCUGAUGUAAACUCUGAGAAAGACAAUGUCAAUGAAUUUCAAGUGAGGUGUCCAUGUGGAUGUAAUGAGGAUGAUGGCUUGAUGAUUAUGUGCUCUAACUGUAAGUUCUGGCAGCAUGGAAUUUGUUUCCUCAUAACAAAUGAGGGAAAGGCACCAGCUUGUCAUAUCUGUGAUGUGUGUGCAAAGCAGGACAAUGGUAAACAUGUGCCAACUGACCUUUAUCUAUCCGGUAUAUCUUCCAUAGCUGUGCAGGCUACCUGCCUGUGGAGAAGAACACUUACUGCAGUUAUGGAAUUUAAACGUGUUGUAGCUCCUGAGCUGGCAAGAAGACUUGGGAUAGAAAAUACAGUAGCACAAGGACUAAUCAAUAGAUUAGAGAAGGAGGGUUUUAUCUCCAAUUCAAAAAGAGGGAAGAAACUAGGGAAGAUAGUAGACAAAGGAAAAAUUGAGACUGAAGGAAUUCCUCGUUAUCUGAAAACUCCAAAGACUUUAUCAAAAAUGGAAGUGUCUGCUGAUGUUCAUGCUGAAAUGCAAACAGACCACCACCAGAGACUACACAAAACAAUGCUAAUUGUUGAUGCUCUUGUGGAGAAAACAAAUCAGAUCAAUCUUCACGCAAAUAAGCGUGUGACAAGAAGUUCACCAUCUCAGAAAGAAAUUUCAGUUUCUAACAUCCAGAAUGAAGCUAAAGGGAGAAGAGGCAAGAAGCGUGCAUAUUCCAGAAUAAAUUCUGCUGAGUUUGAAGUCACCAGUAGUCAAGAAAUGCUCUCAGCUAAGAAGAAAGCAAGCACCGUGACCAAGGAUAUAGCAGUCUGA